AUGGCGAGUGUUGGAGUGAAGACGUUCUCGAUCCUUAUCCGGCGGUACGUGAGAGCGGGAUUGGCCUCGGAGGCUGUCCUUGCAUUCAACCGCAUGGAGGAGUAUGGAUGCAGCCCAGACAAGUAUGCCUUCUCCAUCGUGAUCGGUAUGCUGUGUAGGAAGAGAAGGGCCGUUGAAGCUCAGACAUUUUUCGAUAGCUUAAAGGAUAGAUUCGAGCUUGAUGUUGUUGUCUACACUAGCUUAGAGGGUAUUCUGGGAAAUGAAUUAGAGCCGGGGUCAGGUGCUAUAGAAGAGGAGAGAAAAUGGUGUGGCAGAAGCAGUACCCGAAACCGUAAAGGUAGCACCUUUAGUUACGGGGAGAUGGAGAGGGAGAGGUUUAACAGAAUCUUGAGCUACUACGUGGGGACUCAUAACUUCCACAACUUCACCACGAGAACUAAGGCCGAGGACCCCUCAGCCAGUCGCUAUAUUAUCUCGUUUGAUGCUAGCAAUAUGGUCACUGUUGAAGGCUUCGAGUUUGUCAAGUGUGAGGUCGUGGGACAGAGCUUCAUGCUCCAUCAGAUCCGGAAGAUGAUGGGUCUUGCUGUGGCGAUCAUGAGGAAUUGUGCUCCGGAGAGCUUGUUUGAGAAAGCUUUCGAAAAGGAUGUGAACAUCAAUGUGCCCACUGCUCCUGAGGUCGGGCUUUACUUGGACGAGUGCCUCUUCUCGUCGUACGACCAGAAAUGGGAGGAGAGUCAUGAGGAGCUCUCCAUGAAAGCAUAUGCGGAAGAGGCAGAGGAGUUCAAGAUGAAGUACAUAUACUCUCACAUAGCCUCAACAGAGCACAAGGAGGGAGUCGUGGCUCUCUGGUUGCAUUCCCUUAACCAUCAGAAUUAUCCUGGUUUACCUCGCCCAAUAAUUAUCAGAAUGCGGUUGAAAAUAGUGGUAAUCAGGUACCAAACAUGGAAACAUGAACUUGAGAUUACGAGUUUUUCUUACCGUAAAACAUCAGGAGUUAUUGUUGUCUCAUUCUCGUUGAAGUAUUUAUAAACAGAUGAAAUGAUUCCAAUGUUUUGUUGCUUAAUAGUUAUAUAGAUCUCUUUUUCAUACAAUGUGCAACUCUCGGAAGCCAACAAUCUCUUAUGCACAAUAGUUCUUCAAUAGAGUAAACUUUUUGCUGAGGCUGGUAUCACAAUUUGAGCUGUCUCCAUUAUGAGUUGAUUAAAGUUUGUUCAUGUAUACAUGAGAAAUAUGAGGUUUGAAGUGAUUUUCAAUCGAAAGGUGCUGUGAUAAGUCUUGAAACUGAAUAGAAUCCUAUCCUGAAUGGUGAACUUAAUGUCAUUUUUUGGCACCUGCCAAGCAAGUAUUAUCACACGUCUUAAUCUCGUUUAUGAUGAUCGAAUAAGAUUCUGCUCUGCCAUGAUAUGUGGUUGAUUGAGCCAGGCCCGGAACACAAAAGUUCUCUUUAGAAUCGAUAUAUCAGGCAUCAAUUCUGUGUCCUUGAAAGCUGCAUGUUCCACAGGUUAUUAGAUGCUCAUGUUAGGGAUCCAUCCCUAGAUAUGGAUGAACGUGAGUCUCGUUCAGG